CGAAAAGCUGCCGUUCGCAGUGGUAAUGUUUAAAAAAAACGUUAUAAUACAGUAAUUUAGUGUCCUAGAUACAACUAUAAAACUUUAAUCGGAUAUAAAUGUUUUUAAUAAAACAUUUAUAGAACAAUUUUGUUAGCGGGAUACAGCACAUUAUUUUUAUCAAAAUAAACUAGAAUCGAGCUUAUUAGACUGCUACAAAUACACUGAGAGUCACACUGCUUCCAAUUUGUGCGACGAGUUACAAAGAAUUGUUCGUGAUUGGCAGAUAAUAAACAAAAUAGUAGCCGUGGUGAUUGUCAAUGCGGCAAACAUGUUGCUGCGAUUAGACAAACUGGGUGGAAACACAUUCGGUGUUUCGCCCCAUACAAUAAAUUUAAUUGUGCAGUCUUCGCUAGAUACCAUAAAACCCAUUAGACAAAAAGUAAAACUGAUAGUGGACUUUUUUAGACGGAGUUCACGUGCUGCUGAGAAGUUGAAACAAAUGCAAAAACAACUAGAAAUGGCACAACUUAAAAUUAAACAAGAUGUAGUUACUACGUGGAACUCUACCUACGACAUGUUUAGGCGAAUUUUAGAUAUAAAAGAACCCUUAAUGUACGUAAUAGGAGUUCAUUAUCAAAAUAUCGAUAAUUUGACAAACAGUGACAUUAAUAUUUUAGAAAAAUGUUGCGAAGUUCUUAAAGUGUUUAAAGAUGUGACCGAAGAAAUAAGUUCGGAAAAGGAGGUAACAAUAUCAAAAGUUAUUCUUUUUAGUGCAGCCUUGACCAAAUUUUGCCAUACAUUUGUUAACGAUAAUCCCGACUUAACAGAAAUGUGCCAAGUAUUGGUGGCGUCUUUGCAGGCAAAUAUUCAUAAGCGAUUCAGUAAUAUACAGAAAAAUAAAAUAUUUGCUGAAUCUACCAUUUUGGACCCAAGGUUCAAAAAGUAUGACUUUUCAGAUAAAACUGCUUUUGAUAGCAUCAAGCAACAUUUAAUUAAUUAUGUAAAAAGUUCUAUUGCCGACAUCAGAAUGGAGAAUACUGAAACUGAAGUAGUAAGCGAAUCUGAAAAAAAAAUCAGGGAACCCAUCCAUUCUAUGGCAAGAUUUUGAUUUUGCUCUUUCCACAGUUGUUUCCAAUUCAAACCCCAUAGCGGCAGGCAUCAUUGAAGUGGUUCUUACCAAGACAAGAAGAUCCGUUUAUUUGGUGGGAAGAGCGAAAAAAAGUGUAUCCUACGCUGUAUACAAAGACUGAGACAAAGACUUUGCGUAGUAGCAACCUCAGUGCCUAGUGAAAGAAUAUUUUCGAAUGCAGUCCAGACAUUAACUUAAAAAAGAAGUAAUCUUUAUGGCAAUAAAGUUUCGAUGCUUAUUUUUUUAAAUGCAAAUUUAUAAAAAUAUUUUUGUUAUGUUAUUAAUGUUAUUUAUAUUUUUAUAUACCUAUAUGUGUAACAUUUACUGUCCUUUUUACAGUUCCUUUUUUAAGUUUUUGUUUUUUACAUCAUUGAAUACCUACGGGAUACCUACUGAUACUCUGUGCUAGCUCCCUACCGUGCUUACCUGUUCACUCCCAACCAAGUUAGAUAAAAAAGAUAUUGAAGAUUACAGCCUUAGUUGGAGUAUGGCAAGGAGUAUGGGCUCCACUACGACAUGUACAGAUUACCUAAACUGUUCAAGAAAAGGCAUGAAAAUCCACAACCCACCAAAGCAAAAACUGAAAACCAAACAUGCUCAUCAUCAAAAGAAAAGACAUAUUACAACCAUAAAUAGAACGUAAUGUAGAGUAGUUUUUAUUAAUUCUAGUAGGUAUUUGAAUUCCUUAAAUAUUUUAAAGGUGUGAUAGUCACUACUGCAAUUAAAUUUAUUUGGAAACUGAUAAAAAUUUCAAAUAUAGGCAAAUUUAGGUACAAGUGUGCAGCAACCCACUGUGAAAAUUGUUAUUACUCACCCAUUUUGGAUCAAGAGUAUAAAAACAAACAUUUCUUUAGCUUUCCUUUUUCUUUUAUAAGGCUAGUGUUUCUUUAAUAAUAAGAAAAUAUUAUAAUGAUAUUUACAAAUCAAGACAAUUAGGGAAAACUUAUGAAUUGAAAAGACUGAGGAAGGUGAAACACCUUUAAAAUACCUAUUAUUUAUGAUAAUUCAAAACCUAAUUAGAGAGUGCUCCAAAUUGACAAACAAUCUGUAUUUACCUGUAGUACCUACCUGUAUUAUUUGUUUUAUAACCUGUAGUUCCUAUAUUUCGAAAUUUUU